UCUGCCUAGAAACUGAAAAUUUUCUCUACUGUAUUAUAUCAUAAAAUACAUGAUUUUACAAGAAUUUAGUUCAGUUGAAUUCCAUUAAUCAAUUCUCACCUCGGAAAAGUAAUGGUGAUUAAAGUCCACUGAGAUCAUACCAUAAGUGAAAUGAUUUUGCAACAACAUCAAAUAAAUCGAACUCUUGUACAUGAGAAUUGGCAGAAACAAUUGACUCAAGGCACGGGGAAAUCUGCCGCCACUUCCCUUCCAUAUGAGGAGGAGGAGGAGAAGUUUCAUGGGUGAAGAUACUCGAAAAAAGUUUACUAGCCAUCUUUACAAGGAGUUGUGUCAAAAAGGAAUCAUAACCUUCAAGGAUGACAGAGAACUACCAAAAGGGGAGCCAUUUCCGACAGAACUACCUAAAGCAAUACAAGACUCGAGAAUCUUGGUAGUUGUUUUUUCAGAAAACUAUGCUACUUCAACAUGGUGCUUGGAUGAACUUGUGAAAAUUCUUGAAUGCAAGAAAGCUGGUAGGCAGACUGUCUUGCCUAUCUUUUAUGAUGUAAUUCCUGAUGAAGUGCGAGAACAGGAUGGCAAAUUUGGAGAACCCUUCAUUGAAUAUGAAAUACUGUACAAAGAUAACAUUGAGAAGGUUCAGCAAUGGAGAGUUGCAUCAACAGAAAUUGCCAAUCUCUCUGGAUGGCAUCUACAUGACAGGGAAGAGGCCGAUUUCAUUCAAGACAUUGUAGAAUCCAUACUUAACCAAUUGAGAAGAUCAAGUCAAAGCAUAGCCAACGAUUUUGUGGGGAUGGAUUCUAGGCUGGAGAAAUUGAUUUUGCUUUUAGAUAUGGGGCAGUUGAGUGAAGUUAGAAUCAUAGGAAUAUGUGGGAUGGGCGGUAUAGGUAAGACAACUAUUGCAAGUGUGGUUUACAAAGAAAUGUAUUGUCAAUUCAAAGGUAGUAGCUUUCUUGCAGAUGUCAGAUCAGAGUCUUCUAACAGAUUUGGCUUACUUUCCUUACAAAAACAACUCCUAUCUGCAACCUUGAUGAAAAAAGACAUAGAAGUGUAUGAUGUCUAUAAAGGAACAGAAGAAAUAAGAAAUAGACUAUGUCGUAAAAAGGCUUUUAUCAUUCUUGAUGAUGUUAAUCAGUUAGAGCAAUUAGAAUUCUUAAUUGGGAAAAGGGAUGAACACUGGUUUGGUGCCGGAAGUAGAAUCAUCAUAACAACACGAGAAGAAAAAUUGUUGAAUCAAUAUGGAGUAGAUGAGAUAUAUAGAGUUGAGGAGUUAAAUGAUAGGGAAGCCUUUCAGCUCUUCUGUUCAAAAGCCUUCAAGAAUAGUUACUCACCUGAAUAUGUGGAGCUUUCUGAAAAGGUUGUAGAAUAUGCAGGUGGCCUCCCUUUAGCUCUCGAUAUUCUAGGUUCCUCUCUGUAUGGUAAAUCUGUAAGGGAAUGGAUUAGCACAUUGGAUAAAUUGAAAGAAAUUCCUGAUGAAAAGAUUCUAAAUAAGCUUAAAAUAAGUUAUGAUGGACUUGAUGAAGCAUCGCAAAAAGUAUUCUUAGAUAUUGCAUGUUUCUUUAAAGGAAAGAAUAAAGAUUACGUCACGAAAGUACUAGAAAGCUGCGGACUUUUCCCGGAUAGAGGAAUACGAGAGCUUAUUGACAAAUCUCUCAUAACAAUUUCAUGUGGAGAUGUGAGGAUGCACGAUUUAGUUCAAGAAAUGGGUCGAGAAAUUGUUUGUCGAGAAUCUCGGGAAGAGCCAGGACAACGAAGUCGGAUAUGGCGUUAUCAGGAUGUCUAUGACAUCCAAAUGAAGGAUAUGGAAACAAGCCAAGUUAAAGCCAUAGUCUUGCAGUCUUGGGUAGAAGAAGAGGAACACCUAAGUGCAAAAGUCUUCUCAAAGUUGAGAAAGCUAAGAUUGCUUAUACUUGGAACGUUAACUUUCCAUCAGGACAUUGAAUAUCUUUCUAAUGAAUUAAGAUAUUUGGAAUGGCUUGAAUUUCCUUUUAAAUCUAUGCCAUCAAAUUUUCAACCAGAUAAACUUGUAGAACUACAUAUGCAAUAUAGCAGUAUGGAACAACUGUGGAAGAAAGCAAUAGGGCCCAUGAAGUUGCUGAAGAUUAUUGAUCUUAGUUUCUCAGAGAAUUUAAUCAGGACCCCAGAUUUCAGAGAGGUUCCAAAUCUUGAAGAGUUGAUUCUUGAAAGAUGUGUAAAGCUGCAAGAAGUUCACCAAUCUAUUGGUGUUCUAAAAAGACUUGUUUCUUUAAACCUGAAGAACUGCAAAAGCCUUACCUCCCUGCCAAGCAGCAUUAAUGAUUUAAAGUCUCUCAGGAUUCUUAUCUUACGUGGUUGUUCGAAGCUCGAGAGACUUCCGAACAGGUUGGAGGAUAUGACAUGUUUGGAGAAAGUUGAUGCAGCUGGAAUUGGUACAACACAGUCAAAGCUAUCAUUAGCAAAAGUAUGGAACUCUACACUUCCAUUCUGGUUAAUGCCUUCACAUCCUAUGACUGAAGUGUUGCGGUCUCUGUCAGCUCUACCCAUUCUGAAAAAAUUGGAUCUGAGUUACUGUAAUCUUCCAGAAGGAGCAAUUCCUGAUGAGCUUGGCUGCUUCCCGUGUUUGAAUUUCCUAAAUCUAAGCGGAAAUGAUUUUGAAACCAUACCUUCGAGCAUCAAUCAACUUUCUAGAAUUACACAUCUUAAGAUCGCAAACUGCCAGAGACUCAAGUCCUUACCGGAUCUUCCGUCGAGUAUUGAACGCCUAGAUGUGGACAACUGCAUUUCACUGGAAAAUCUUCCAAAUGUGUCCGAAAAACACAAUAUGAAGAAUUUUACUGUUCAAUUUUCAAAUUGCUACAAAUUAAAUAACAGUCAAGGAUCAACCCGUGUAGCAUUAGCAUGGGUGAAAAGCUAUCUUCUUUCGUUUCUAGAAAUUCGAAGGCUAUUAAAGAUUGAAGAGAGUUGCCAAAGUCAGGAGGAGUUUGAAAGAAUUUGCUUUCAGAGAGGCAUUCAUCCAACUAGACUUUCAUUUUUUCUCCCUCAUUUCUACAUGUACUUCCCUGGACAUGACAUACCUGAGUGGUUCAACUACCAGAGUGAGCAGAAUCCAUUCAGGAUAGAGUUACCUCGGCACUCAAAAUGGUCUAAUAUUGCUGGUUUUGUUAUGUGCGCUCUCUUUUCUGCUGUUCAUAGCCCAGUUUGUAAAUUUACCGUCAAAAGCAAACGUAAGCACCUCUGGAGCACCUCCUACAGCCUGAGAGUCGGGCAAACUAGAGUAUUCUUUGUAUCGAAUCACCUUUGCCUCUUCUUUGUUCCUAAUAGUGACGUAGAUUCCGGCAGUCCAACUGAGGUGUUGCUUACUCACCGAGACAUCAAGAAGUGUGGGAUGCGCAUUCUAUACGAGCAAGAAAUUGAAGAGCUAAUCCAAUACAACAAACCUUUAGAAGAUUUGGCUCUCUGUCAAAACUUUCAUGAUGAUAGUUCCGACAAUGGAAGUUCAGAGGCAGAAUCAAGUGGAGAUGAAGAGGAAGGUGGUCAAUUUUGUUUACCUUGGUCUGAAUUCAAUGUGUAAUCUGCUGCAGGGCUGAGUUAUACUCUAUUCUCAUCCUACUCGAGCAAGGCACACGAAAGAAAUGAGAAGCUUGAAUAACUAGAAACUCGUUUAUUUCUUCAACAAAGACUAUUGGCAAUAAAGAAAGACUAUUAAUAAGAGACAGGUGAAAAAGAUAAAUAAAGACUAUCAAUUCGAGAUGGAAAGUAUAAGUAUUUCAAUAGUUAAAGAUUUUCUGUCUAUUUAUCUCUAAUGUGUCUACAUGUAUCUUAAUAACAAACUUUAAUUGAUAUUAUUUUCACAUUUAAUAA